CAUAUAGCUGCCAUACAAACUGACCGAUCAACGAUCAAACUGACUUGAUACAACUGUAGCUAACGUUUUUUCUUAAAUCUUAAUAAUUUUGGUUAAUUAAAAAAAUUGUUUUCGAUAAUCCGAUUACACAAAAUUUCUGAAACUAAAAUUUCGAAACUCGAUGAAAUUAAUGUGUUGCAUAGUGCUACCAACUGUUAAAAUGACAUAAAUGUGAUAUUAUUUAACUUUCAUCCGCAAUUUUUUUAUAUUUAGUUAACUAAAAAAUCUAAUUUCGAAGCAUAAAGCGUCAACUCACGGUCCAAAUGUGUGGUACUUGUAUAUUGUAAUUUAUGCUCGAAAACGAAAAGUUCUGUUUAAAAAUUUUGCAAGUCCUUCGAAAAAAAUUUAAAAUUCGUAAAUUCGGUACGAAAAAAUUAUACUAAUAAAGCAAAAAAAUUUUUUAUAGUGUAAUUUAGAUUGAACAGCUUAAAAAUUCAAUAUUUAGUGCCUAACUAAAGCUAUGCUCUACACCAGUAUUUCAAGCUGCAUAUUUCAGUACGAUUUGAGAUGCCACUGUCUAGGAGAUAUUUUAAAACAUCGCUAUUGAUAGGCAUAUAAAUGCAGUAAUCUAACAUUGCCCUGUCAGUGUAAAUUAAAUAGUCGCGAGCUUCUCAGCUUUCAUUACAAACGCUGGUGAUAUGUGCUUUCUUAUCUUAACAAAAGUCAUGUUUAUGCAGCUGACAAUUAUUAUUGUAUGCCUGCUGGGCUAUUUUUUUAAUCCGGUACGUACUCAAGGAAUACCAGACAUUGAUGUAUUAUUAGGUCGCAUAUUUGACGACAAUUCUACAGAUCUUAUGCCAGAACCAAGAGUAAAUACGCAAGAUAAGAUUUGUGGAUUCGGCAUGGAAUGUGUACCACGCAGCCUCUGCAAUGAAAAUGGAACUGUCAAUAAUUAUGGGAUACAUAUGAUUAAUCUUCGUAUAGAUGGUCCAUGCGCCUAUUUGGAAAGCUGCUGUGAUGUAAGCAAUAAGUUACAGGAACCUAAACCACUGGAUGUGCCACAAAUAAAUGCUUGCGGUUAUCGCAAUUUUAAUGGCAUAUCUUUCAAAAUUUCAGGAGCUAAAAAUAAUGAGGCAGAAUUCGCAGAAUUUCCCUGGAUGGUGGCGAUUUACACAAAUGUAGGAAAUCAGAAGCUUUUCAAGUGUGGCGGCUCGGUUAUCGCACCAAAAGUCGUUCUAACAGCGGCACAUUGUCUCUGGGACAAACAGACCGCCUCGCUGAUGGUCCGUGCUGGUGAAUGGGAUUUGGAGACCACGCUAGAACCGCUUUUGCAUCAAGAUGCACGAGUUGCCGAAAUCAUAACUCAUGAGGACUUUAAUCGCAACACCAUAUUUAACGAUAUCGCGUUAUUAAUUUUGGAAACACCUUUUACUUUGGCACCGAAUGUCCAACCCAUUUGUUUGCCCGAAGCCGGCACAAUAUUUGAUAAUAAGCGUUGCUUUGCCGCUGGCUGGGGUCAGAACAAGUUUGGUAAAAAUGGCACGUACCAGCAUAUUUUGAAGAAGAUCGAGCUGCCCGUUGUGCCGCGUGCUAAAUGUCAAGCGCAAUUGCGUACAACGCGGCUAAGUCGAUUUUUUCAGCUGGACAAUAGUUUCAUGUGCGCUGGCGGUGAACUCGGUAAAGAUACGUGCAAAGGUGAUGGCGGUUCGCCAUUAUCAUGCCCCGAUCCGAAUAAUCCCGAACGCUAUCUUCAAGCUGGCGUAGUUUCCUGGGGCAUCGAAUGUGGAGUGGAGAAUAUUCCCGGCGUGUACGCGAAUGUGGUGCACUUACGCGACUGGAUCAUCGGCAAACUUGUGACAAAAGGAAUUGACACAAAGUUUUUUACGCCAUAAUAUUGAGGAAUUAUCUGCUAAACCCUACAAAUACCACACAUAAACUCUUACUAGAUUUAAAAAACUAUUAAUACUAUUAAAACUGAAACAGACUCUCUAGAGAUCUCUUGUUUUAUUUAAGUAUAUGUACAGUAACAUACUAUUUGUAAAUACAAAUUCGUGGUAUAUAAUAUAGUUAGAGUAUCACGUCGGAAAAUGGAUAAUAAACCCAACACUACCAUUUUGUUAUCUAAA